UGAAAAACCAGACUGACUUCCUUUUCUCAUGCUAGUUUUCCGCCACCAUGUCCAAGCUCCUCCGCUUCCAUCUUUCUCUCCACACCUAGGGUUUACAUUUUCGUUUUCUUUCAUUAAUUUUCUUCCUGCCCAAACAGACUCCAGGAUAUCCCUAUCUUCCUCUUCGAUUUCCAAAAAUUAUGCAUUUUCAAAUCACCCUUUUACUUAAUUCUUGAAAUUUCACGAACCCCUGAAUCUUCUCGUUUGUCUGUUCGUAGUUAGUCCGCUCAGGCACUGAGGGGUUCGUAGAGAACAGAAGAUUACGAUGGGGCAAGAGGGUCUUUCCGCUCAGAAGAGAACUCAUUCAGUGGGAUUGCCCACUACUACCACCGUUCCUAAUGGCAGAGGCCGUGCUCUUGCCGGCUUACCUCGUGGCCGUCAGAUCCACAAGACUUUUAACAAUAUUAAGAUAACUAUCCUUUGUGGCUUCGUCACCAUCCUCGUCCUUCGCGGUACAAUUGGGGUUAAUUUUGGAAGCUCUGACGUCGAUGCCGUCAACCAGAACCUCAUUGAAGAGACCAAUCGGAUUCUCGCGGAGAUUAGAUCCGACAGUGAUCCCUCUGAUCCCGACGAGCCUGUUGAGACCGAGUUGAAUCCGAAUAUCACAUUCACUCUUGGGCCGAAGAUCACCGAUUGGGACCAGGAGCGGAGGGCUUGGCUGGAUCAGAAUCCUGAGUUCCCAAAUUUCGUCAAAGGUAAAGCUCGAAUCCUGCUUCUAACUGGCUCACCUCCGAAACCUUGUGAUAACCCAAUUGGGGAUCAUUACUUACUGAAGUCGAUAAAGAAUAAGAUUGAUUACUGUAGAUUACACGGGAUUGAGAUUGUGUAUAAUUUGUCUCAUCUGGAUAAGGAACUUGCUGGGUAUUGGGCAAAGUUGCCUAUGAUUCGUCGGUUGAUGUUGUCACAUCCGGAGAUAGAGUGGAUUUGGUGGAUGGAUAGUGACGCGUUCUUUACUGAUAUGGUCUUUGAGCUUCCCCUAUCGAAGUAUGAUAAGUAUAACUUGGUUCUUCAUGGGUACCCUGAUCUGUUAUUCGACCAGAAGUCAUGGAUUGCUGUGAAUACAGGAAGCUUUCUGUUUAGGAACUGCCAAUGGUCUUUGGAUUUGCUUGAUGCGUGGGCUCCAAUGGGUCCAAAGGGUCCCAUUAGAGAAGAGGCAGGGAAGAUUUUGACUGCAAAUCUGAAGGGGAGGCCAGCAUUUGAGGCAGACGAUCAAUCAGCAUUGAUAUAUCUUUUGUUGUCAGAGAAGGAUGAAUGGAUGGAUAAGGUUUUUCUUGAGAAUUCAUAUUAUUUGCAUGGCUACUGGGCAGGAUUGGUUGAUCGCUAUGAAGAGAUGGUGGAGAAGUAUCAUCCAGGAUUAGGUGAUGAGAGAUGGCCAUUUGUCACCCAUUUUGUGGGCUGCAAGCCUUGUGGGAGCUACGGAGAUUAUCCUGUUGAGAGGUGCCUCCGUAGCAUGGAGAGGGCUUACAAUUUUGCGGAUAAUCAGGUGCUCAAGCUCUAUGGGUUUAGGCAUCGCGGUCUUUUGAGCCCUAAGAUUAAGAGAAUCAGAAAUGAGACCGCUACUCCUUUGGAGUUUGUUGACCUGUUUGAUAUAAGGAGAAGGCCAUCGGGUAGCAGUGAAACAAAAAGCUAGUGAGGCGACAAACAUGUUCUAGGGUGAUUGAACAACCAUUAUAGUUGGAAUUUGAUCUGAUAUCAUGAUACCUUCACGUGCAAAUGUGCUAUAUCAGAUCUGUACCAGUAAAAGUGAAGAAAAAUAAAAAUGAAUCAAAGCAACUCUCCAUACCCCACGAACGGACUUGGACGUUGCCUUUUCAGGGAAUCUGCUGUUACUUGUACUUUGUUAUUGUUGAUGGUAGAUUGAUAGUUCCAGUGGUUGUUUAUCCAUUAUACAUGCCGCACAUAACAAGUUACGACUCACGAGUACUUUUUCUU